GAUCGAUCAGAAAUUAAUAAUGGCAAAGUUCUCAUUCUCCUCCUUGUGGCUUCUUGUCCUUGUUCUUUUAGUUGUCUCGACAGUCCCUAACCAAGUGUUGGGGCAAAAAAGAUGCAGGAUUAUCUUAAACCCUAAGGGCUGUAACCUCCCAGAUUGCCAAAAACAAUGUUAUCUGUCUUAUAACGGGAAUGGACAAUGCACCUCAGGAGGGUCAUUUGGCACCUACAUUUGCUCUUGUUUCUACAACUGCGGAAAGGGACAGAUUACAAAAACCUAAUUAAUUUCCACAUUAUGGGUUAAUUAGUUAAUUAUAGGAUGAGAUAUAUAUCUACAGGUCAUUUAAGAGGUCGAUGAUGAUGUAACUUUUUGUUAUAUGGUGCUUUUAUGGACCAUACAUGUAAUAAGGCUUGGAGCUUAUGAAGUUCCAACAAUAAAAUGAAACUGCUGGGAGAGAAAAUCAUUCUCUUCUAUUUGAUAUCUACGAUUUUUUUUUCCCUCUUUCUUAAACAUCAUGUAUGGUUUUUUUUUUCUUUUUUUUUUUAUUGUGCGCC